ACUGUGCGUCUUAGAUCUGGGGGAGUCGCGCGUCGCCGUGUGGAGCAUGUAGUUGCACAGAACGGGCACACGUUUGCGCCGGAGCGGUGCCGGAGCUGCGCUAAAGACGCACGGAGCGGAGCCAAAGGCGGGACUUCCCUUUGGAGGCUUAUCACCGCGAGCAGAGCGGCGGAAGGGCUCGUGUGGGAUCAGAUAUCAGGGGACGGUUCACCGCCAUCACUGUGUGUCACUAUGGGGCCGAGCCGGCUCUCUCCCCUCCUCUGUAUCUCUGCUCUGCUCCUGCCCCUGGUCUCACCCAUGAGCCUCCCCCCACAGCCACCUCAGGAACACGGUAGCACGUCAGCUCGCCCUAAACUACUUCUGGUCUCCUUCGAUGGUUUCCGCUGGGACUACAUCAACCGCGUCCCCGCUACCAACUUCCACGCCCUCAUGAAAGAAGGAGUCCAGGUGGAGCAAGUCGAAAACAUCUACAUCACCAAAACGUUCCCUAAUCAUUACAGCCUAGUGACCGGUUUGUACGCCGAAACGCACGGUAUAGUCGCCAACGAAAUGUACGACCCCGCCUUGAACCUGUCCUUCUCCAUGGAAACGGACAGCGUGUAUGAUCCGAGAUGGUGGGAUGACGCCGUUCCUCUUUGGGUGUCUGUUCAGAAGGCGGGAGGGAGGAGCGGAGCGGCGAUGUGGCCAGGGUCGGACGUGAAAAUCCACGGGACAUACCCCAAUCGAUACCUCCCCUACAACGCCUCUGUUCCCUUUGAAACCAGAGUACAGAGAGUCAUCGAGUGGUUUUCAGCCCCUAAGGAGGAGGCAGUGGAUUUCGCCGUCCUCUACUGGGAAGAACCGGAUGAAAGCGGACACUUGCUAGGCCCGGAAAGCCCGCUCAUGGAUGGAAUAAUUGCGGAUGUUGAUAAGAAGUUGGGGUUUUUAAGGACGGAGCUGAGGAAAGCCGGAUUGUACGAGAAUUUGAAUCUGAUCGUGACCAGCGACCAUGGGAUGACGCAGAUGUCCAAUGAGAAGAUGGUGGAGCUGGAUGAGUACGUCAGCAGAGAUUUGUACACGUGGGUCGACAAGAGUCCCGUUGUCGGAAUAAUCCCAAAUGAAGGGAAGUUUGAGGAGGUGUACAGCAAGCUUUUGGACGCUAACCCUUACAUGGCUGUGUAUAAGAAGGAGGACAUCCCUGUGCGUUACCAUUACCAGCACCACCUCAGGAUCAUGCCCAUUCUCCUAGAGGCACAAGAGGGAUACAGCAUCGUACAGAACAGGACUGCGCCCUUUAUGUUGGGUAACCACGGCUACAACAACUCCUUACGCAGCAUGCACCCGAUCUUCGUCGCCCGCGGACCCGCUUUCCGCCAGGAUUUCGUCCAGCCUUCGAUGCAGUCCGUGGAUCUGUACCCGCUCAUGUGCCACAUCCUCUCGCUGCGCCCUCUCCCCCACAACGGCUCCCUUUUCCGGGUUAAAGAUCUUCUAUCCGAGGCCCCACCGACACCGGCACCCAGCGCUCCGCCCAAACCGCCCUCAUACUCCUACGCCCCUGUCAUCGGGUCUAUGAUAAGCAUCGUUAUGGUGGUGGGUUUUCUGAUUUUCUACAUUAAAGAGGUCACGAUUAAGCAGUUGCCAGCGCUCCCACGAGGAAGUAAAGAGAUGUCCCAGCCGCUUCUGCAAGAGGACUUAUACCUGCACUUUUUGGAAACGCAUAGGGGUUGUGUCAGCGUAAGGCAUAUAUAAUAAUGAUCUGAAAAAAGACGAGCAGCGUAUAUUGCUCCAUAAAACUACCCGGAAGCAUUCACUGAACAAGGCUUUCACAAUCCAGUGUAAAACUAAAGGCACUGGGUUAAAGGAGACAUGUUAAAUCAGCUACUUUGGUGCGCUGAAUUGUGUUAUAAUGUUGAUUUUUUUUAUCUAGAAUAGUGACUAGAUUCUGUUAACUGUUGAUGGUAGACAAGAUUAUGGUCAAAACGUGCAUUUUAAACGUGGCUGGCAGUCGUACUAACAUUUGAGAGAAGGUUGAAACAUGAACUGCGUGUUUAAUUGCAAGUUAAAAGUCAUAUAUUACACAAAAUUGAUUCUUGUGAGGUUUAAGUCAUGUUAUAAUGCUGUCACGUCAUCAAAAACAGACCUGGAGUUGUGUUUUGUUUCAUUCACACGUGUUUGAGUAACACUUUAUAAUUAGUCUGGCUACAUCUCCAAAGCUCGAAAUGCUCUGUUCCACCUCGUGAUGUCAUGAAGUGGUAGUAUUCAGCAUUUUUAACAACAGCUACAGCUACAACAGCUACUUUUUGCUUUUUGUUCAAUACACAUGGGAAAUUCCAGGGUUGAAAUCAUCCAAAUGAUCAUAGUGAAGGUGUAUAGAGUUUAAAAACACAGUGGAGCACUUCCUGUAUCACCACUUGACAUCACAAGGUGGAACAGAGUGUUUUCAGUUUGAGACUCAGCCUAAAUACACAGGGUUUGUGUGUUAAACAUGUGUGAAUGAAACGAAACACAACUCCAGGCCUGUUUGUGAUGAGGAAACAACAUUAUAACAUAAAUCAGAAAACAGCGAGAAACGGGCCCUUUAAUCUUGAAGCCUUACCUGGACAUUUAAGGCAUGUUAAAGGUCCACUGUGUAACUUUUCUAGUGAAGGGUUCCAUCCCUUGUUUGUCUCUAUACAGAUGUCAUUGUUUUGCCAGGGAUGUUCCACUGUAAGAUUCAGUAGCUGCUUAAAGAAACACAGAUCUGACCUGUAAUUUGACCUAUUGGAGUCACCUAUUUGCAUCCAUGAAUACUUUAAUGCCAUACGGUGGGACAUGCCAGGUAAAGAAAUAACAUCUCCAUGGAAACAAGCAGGUUGUGUUUUUUUCUUAACAGCCAAAACGACAUACAGUGGUCCCUCGUUUAUCGUGGGGGUCACGUUCUAAAAAUAACCCGCGAAACAGGCGAAAUCUGCAAAGUAUCAUCUUUAUUUUUUACUUUUUUAAAUUAUUCUAUAUGUUUGCAGCUGUAAAACCCUUCACCACACACUUUAUACACUUUUCUCAGACAGACGUUAACAUUUUUUAUCCAGUCCAAACGGCUUCACGCCUCACUUUGGACCCAAAUCCAAACGUUCCUCGAGCAAAACUGAUUCCUACACAAACCGACGCUUGUGUCCAAAGUAUUUAAAGUCCGAUGUACAGCUGCGUAUGUCUCCUUUAACAUGUGUGAUUGAAAUGUCAGGGUUUGCUUCUGGGGCAGUGUUAACCUUUACAUUGAAUUCCUAGUGGCUUUUAUUUGACUGUGGUUUUCACUAAGUAGGAUUCAUCUUAUCGUCUAUUCACUAUAUAAAGACAGGAAAGAGAGCACCUGCUUUUCUGGUGCGUAUAAAUAUUUGAUGAACAAGACUGGACUCCCUAAUGGAAGAAUUAUAAAAAUAGAUUUGAGCCAAUCAUUUUCAAGUCUAUGCAAAUGUGUGCGCUCGAUACUAAACAACAUAACAUAAUAAUAAUGCAUUUGCUUUAUAUAGCGCUUUUCCAGACGCUCAAAACCACUUUACAAUUUUGUACAUUACUCAUUCACUCCAUACUUAGUGGUUUAUAUUAAUGUCUUCUCAUCAUAAACACACCUAAAGUUGUAUUUUUGCUUCACUUUAUUUGGUUUCAUUAAUGCGUUAAUCCAAAACUGUCUUUUUCGAGCACUCAGAAAUGCUUUUUUUUUAUUGCAUUUUGCCAGUUUUGUUGCAUCAUAGGUAAAAAUCUGGUCUUCUCUUAUGGUUUUUUUUAAGCCCAUAAACCAUCGCUUGAAUCAUUCAGUCAAAUUUUGUUAGCAACGAAUUAGCACAGCAUUCAAAGAGAUAAAUGGCUUUAUUUGUUUACUUUACCUUUGUUCAUUCCGGUUGUUGACAGCAGAGGGAGCCCCAACGCCUAAAUGCUGCAUUGGAAACAAAGGUGCAGUUUCAAAAUAUGUUUUCAAAAGUUAGAAAAUUUGAAAUACAGAGUGGCCCAAAAGUCACUGACAGUUGGAAAAAAAAUGCAUGACUCUUUUGUUUCUAAAUAUUUUUCUUUUAUUUUGUCAGAACAUUUAGAACGACUCUUCCGACAUUAAUCUGAGUAAAUCCAGCACCGAGAAACGAACCCUCAUUGUACAGAGGUACUUUGAGUCACAUGGGUCAAAUACUAUCGACAUUUUAAUACCAGAGAUGCCCCGAGUGUAAAUGCCAUUAAAGGAAUAAUAAGUGUUUUCACAGACAGGGGGCAGUAUGUGAUCUCCACAGACCUGACUAGUCCUGAUUUCUUCCUGUGGGGCGAUCUUAAAGAAAAGGUGUUUGUGAAUAAACCUCAGAUGACUUAAUAAACGACUUAAAACGUAAUAUCGGGGAUCAAAUAAGAGACAUAUGCCAUAAAUUAGGUCAUUUUUACUUCCUCUAGUUUAAGUAGUGACAAGUUUAAGUGUAAGUAAAAAAUUAUAACCGUGUAUAUUGCCAAAAAUCUCUGAAGGUUCAUUUUACGUACUGCUAAAAUUUGGUGAGUAUAACUUAAGAAUUAUAGGAGCUACUGAAGAUUUAAAAGUGUCAGUGACAUUUGGGCCACACUGUUCAUGACCAAAAAGCGCAUUUUAAAGCGAAUCAAAUCCACAAAAACGCACAAUAUUUGUUCUUUAACGAGGCGAGUCUGGUUUUCUUCGUCAAAUAUUUUCUUAUCAGCAAACACGGGAUUUACGAAAACACUGUUAACUUACAUCGCAUUAACAUAACCACUUUUGAAUGUUACUUGAACCUUAUUAAAAGAAAAAAAACACUCACUACAUGUGCCAGAAUACUGCUUGUAGACGUGUAGGUCAUUUUAAGUACUUUUUUACCGUUUGCCUUUUAAAAUUCUGUGUUAUAAGUGUGUAAUUGUUCGUGUGUCUAACCGUAUCUUCUGUUAUAGAGUAGCAAAACAGAUAAAUGUCCAUAUGUUGACAGUCAUAACUAGCGCCAUCUGUUGGUGAAUCGUGAAAAGUGCAAUUGCUGUUGGUCAGUAUUACGUCUUAGGGAUUUAAAAGGUUUUGUUAUUGCUUGGGUAAGAUGAGUUUUAAGCAUGGCUAGAGUGGGCUGUUCCCCUGAUUUGCACUAAUAUAGAUUUAGAACGAUAAAGAGAGAAAAAACGGGGAUAUAGUUGGACGCUUUUAGGUCCCGUCUUAUUUGCACUUGUUCGUAGAUGUUAAUUAAAAGGUUUAGGUGCCUCUUGCCAAAAAGAUAUACGCAAUCACAGAGACUCAAGUAGAUUCUUAAUCAGUACAAAUCUGAACUAAUAUCUGUUAUUUUUCCAAUUUCUAACUUUGAUUUCAACUUGUUACUUGCUAUUAGCCUAACACUUGCACCCAAAAAAAAGGACAAGCAUCACUGUGACCUACUUUUUACAAACUUUAAAUUCAUACAAGUAUUUAUAUUCAAAUUGUUGAUUUUAUGAUGUUGUUUUAUGGAAAUCGAAAAUCUAUGAAGAAUAUACAGUAUUUUCAAAGAAUUCCUAUGAGAUAUUAGAAUAGGUUUUCUCAUUUGGUUACUUUGGAUUUUAAAGAUUGAUAUUUGAAAAUGUAACGAGAUUUAAUAAGAUAUUUGCCUUGUAACGCAAGCGGAGAGUCUUACAAAAAUAAAUGGAAAUAUGUGAAACUGA